GUUUCCGUGCGCCGCCAUUUUCGGGAGGGCGGAGCGGGAAAGUGCGGGUUUAUGUUUCCUGCUAGCGAUCUUACGAUACUGUGCUUAUCGCCGGUGAUUCGUCUGUAUGUAGAAAGGAAACCAGGCUCAGCCUCCGUCUUUGGAAGCCUCCAUCUCUUUGAGACUGAAGGAUGCCUCUUUUUGUCAUUCCAUUGAAUCCCCGCGUGUCUUUGGAGAAGGUUUGUGUGCCUCUCUUGGUUUCCCCUGGUGCUUCCAAGAAACGGAUCGCUCUGUGCUUUCAAGAAGUAACGCCGCUGUUUGUAUGUUUUAUUCCUAAUUUUAACUCAUUUUAUAUCCUUGAGGUGUAACAGCAGCAACGUCUACAUAGUUUUACUGUGUUAUGCCUUGAGUGCAUAAAACUAAAACCGGGUUUUGUGUCUGAAGAAGAGGAUUACUGAAAUGCAAUUUGUGUUGAUGGUAACGCUUUCUUUCAGGAUAUGAUAAGAAAAAAAAAGCCUAGAAUGCCUGCUAGUAGUAGAAAUGAUACAUUCCUGAAUGGCUGCCUUGUGUUAAAACAGUACAAAACAGCUUGCAAAGACAGCCUUGUUGUGCCAGGUGUUGGAUGAGGGAGCUUCUUGAGUUUGAUGUGGCCCUGCUCACAAGAAGCAACAAGAUGGAAUAUCCUCGUGUGUCUUAAGCAGUCUUUACAGCUAAAACCUUCCUGCUGACAACGAAGAAGGUAGAACAAUGGGAGUGACUAAUCUGUGGCAAAUCCUGGAGCCUGUGAGGCAGCCUGUAAGCUUGAGUAGUCUCAAAGGAAAGACGCUUGCUGUUGAUUUAAGUCUGUGGGUUUGUGAAGCACAGACUGUUAAAAAGAUGAUCGGAGUAGUUACCAAGCCCCAUCUGAGAAACCUGUUUUUUCGGUAUUCUUUUUUCACAUCAAUGGGGAUUAAAUUGGUGUUUGUCAUGGAAGGCGAGGCCCCCAAGCUGAAGGCAGACACCAUGAGUAAGAGAAAUGAGAUGCGAUACGGAGCCUCCAACAAACAUGGGGCUGCAAGAACAGGGAGAUCUCUUUUUAAAUCUAUUUUGAAAGAGUGCCUCCAGCUGCUGGAGUGUUUAGGUGUCCCAUGGGUUCAAGCAGCUGGGGAAGCAGAAGCAAUGUGUGCUUACCUGAAUGCAAAAGGCCAUGUUGAUGGGUGCAUUACCAAUGAUGGAGAUGUUUUCUUAUAUGGAGCUCAAACAGUUUAUAGGAACUUUGCUAUGAACUCUAAGGAGCCACAUCUUGACUGCUACACAAUGUCCUCUAUUAAGGAGAAGCUUGGUUGUGACAGAGAGUCUUUGAUUGGACUAGCUGUUCUUCUGGGUUGUGAUUAUCUUCCAAAGGGCGUUCCAGGAGUUGGAAAAGAACAAGCUUUAAAAUUAAUUGAGACUUUGAGAGGUCAAAAUUUACUGCAAAGGUUUGAGCAAUGGAGAGAACAAUCAGAGCAUGAUAAUAAUCCACCUUUGGUUGUUAAAAGAGUAGUGCACUGUUCUGACUGCCAUCAUCCAGGAUCAUACAAGGAACAUGAGCGCAGUGGAUGUAAAUUCUGUGAAAGCACUAGAUACUGCAAACCCAGUGACUCCAAAAACUGCUGCCCUUGUGAAUGGCAUCAGUUAGAGCAAGUGAAACAAGCAAGUGCAGUGGAGGACAAUAUCAGAAAAAAAGCUAACAGUUGUGAAGGCUUUCCAUUCUCUGAGGUUAUCCAAGAAUUUCUUGUAAACAAGAAUAAACUGAACAAGAUAAUGGAAUGCAAAAGGCCAAAUUUAUUGUCAUUUCAGAUAUUUGCUUCUGAGAAGAUGGAAUGGGCAAAGCAUUAUGCUUGUAAGAAGCUAUUAGUGCUGCUGACGCGUUAUGAUAUGAUCCAGAGGAAAUCUGGAUACAUUGAUUCAAAGCAGCUGCAGGCAAUACGGAUAGUCAAGACACGUGUUAAAAAUGGAGUUCCCUGUUUUGAAAUUGAGUGGCAAAAACCAGGUUGGAUGGAUUUCUAUGCUUAUUAUUGAAUAGCCUAAUUCAUA